AUGGCCAAAAGAAGAGUGAAGAAGCGCACCCAUGCUGGCGCAAAGCCUGCCGCUCCUGGUAUGGCCGCCGCGCUGGCCAGCGAGACAAAGGCCCCCAAGAGCAUGGUCAUCCGUAUCAACGCUGGUGAGGUCGGCCCAAGCAUAUCGCAGCUUGUCAGAGACACUCGUUUGAUGAUGGAGCCCGGUACCGCAAGUCGCCUGAAAGAGCGCAAGUCCAACAAGCUGCGCGACUUUGUCACCAUGGCUGGUCCUCUUGGUGUCUCUCACCUUAUGCUUUUCUCUCGCUCCGAUGCUGGAAACACGAACCUGCGCAUCUGCACCACUCCCAGAGGUCCCACAUUACAUUUCCGCGUUGAGAAGUACUCGCUCUGCAAGGACGUCCAAAAAAGCAUGCGUCGCCCAAAGGGUCAGAACGGUGCCGAAUACUUGACCUCGCCUCUUCUCGUCAUGAACAACUUCAUGCAAUCCGACAAGCUACAGGAUGCUGCCAAAGACACAAAGUCCGACUCGAAUCCCAUUCCCAAAAACCUCGAAUCCCUGACGACGACAAUCUUCCAAUCCCUCUUCGCUCCCAUUUCUCCUCACACCACGUCCCUCAAGACCAUCAAGCGUGUCAUGCUGCUCGAUCGCAAACCUGCAAACGAUCCCAACGACCCCCACGCAUUUGUGUUGCAAUUGCGCCACUACGCCAUCAACGCCGUGACCCCCAAGUCUGCCCUUCCGAAAGCCCUGCGCAAACUCGAGCAGGCCGACCACCUUAAGCGCGGUGACAGCUCUCGCCUUCCCAACCUUGGAGCCCUCGACGAUGUCGCAGACUACCUUUUGGACCCUACCGCUUCCGGUUUCACCACUGCCUCCGACACAGAAGCUGACACUGACGCCGAGAUCGAGGUUCUGGCCGUCGAGAACCGCAAAGCCAUGUCAAAAGAGGAACGUCAACGCAUCCGUGACGCUCAACGUGCCAAGGUCACGGGAGCCAACGCCGAAGGCACACAAAAGAAGGCUAUCAAACUGCAAGAGCUGGGUCCUCGCAUGACACUUCGUCUGACGAAGGUCGAGGAGGGUCUUUGUGGUGGCAAAGUCCUGUGGCAUGAGUACAUUAGCAAGAGCAAGGAAGAGCAGAAGCAGCAAGACAAGGCUUGGGAGAUCAAGAACAAGGAGAAGGCUGAGAGAAGACGCAUCCAAAAGGAGAACGUCGAGAGAAAGAAGAAGGAAAAGAAGGCUAGAGGCGAAGAGGUCGAUGACGAAGACGAAGAAAUGCUCGAUGACGAGGACUUCGACGACGAUGUCUGGCACGAAGACGCUGAUGCUGGUGCAGAUGAUGAUGACGAGGAAGGUGAGGAGGAAGAAUCAGAAGAUGACGAGGACGAGGACAUGGAGUAA